GUUUUCGCGACAAAUCCAGGAAGCGUCUAUUUACGGCUACACAACCGAGCAAGAGUUGGUGCUUUCUCCUACUGAGCAAUACAGCAACACAGCACCAUGUUGCCGACCACCUCACCGAACAGCAACGGCGCCCUCGGUACUAGCGACACUGCGCGUCACACGGCAGGCUUCAAGCGCUACAAGUACCUGAGACGGCUGCUCCAUUUCAAACAGAUGGACUUUGACUUUGCCGUGUGGCAGAUGCUUUACUUGUUCACGUCACCGCAGAGAGUCUACCGCAACUUCCACUACAGGAAACAGACCAAGGACCAGUGGGCCAGGGAUGACCCGGCUUUCCUGGUCCUGCUCGGCAUCUGGCUAUGCGUGUCAACAAUAGGCUUCGGUCUAGUGCUGGACAUGGGAUUCGUGGAGACUCUGAAGCUGCUGCUGUGGGUGGUCUUUGUCGACUGUAUAGGAGUUGGUCUUCUCAUAUCAACCCUCAUGUGGGUUAUCAGCAACAAGUACCUGUUGAAACAACCCGGCAGAAACUUUGAUGUGGAGUGGGGCUACGCGUUUGAUGUUCACCUCAAUGCCUUCUACCCCCUUCUCGUCAUCCUGCAUUUCCUGCAGCUCUUCUUCAUCAACCAUGUUGUGGUGAUAAACUCAGACUGGUUCGUGGGAUACUUUGUUGGAAACACUAUGUGGCUGAUCGCCAUUGGUUAUUAUGUCUACAUCACGUUCUUAGGGUACAACGCUCUACCCUUCCUGAAGAACACAGUGGUGCUGCUCUACCCCUUCGCUUUGCUCGGACUCGUCUACAUCCUCUCCGUCUCUCUGGGCUGGAACUUCACUCAGGGCCUCUGCUGGUUUUACAAGUACAGAGUCCAGUAGGAGCAGUUUCUCUCUGAAGUUGAACACUAGUUGGCUCCAGGCCGACUCCAAAUCUGCUUCCAACUCACAUCUAGGUGUCAAGAAUCAAUUUCCAGCUUCUGUUAGCCAACAUCUGGUUUGGAAGGACUCUGGUUGACUCUCCGUGAACUUGGACGCUGGAUCAAUCAACGCCGAGCUGGUUGACUGAUGCUCGACUCUCAAUUGACUCUGUUCGUUUUCCUCUUAUGUUGAGCUGGAGCUCCGAAGUCAGUGAACAGUGAUGUGUUUGGACUGUAGUUGCAGAAACAGGAGAUACAGCUUUUAUUGUUCUUCUUUUUGUAUGAUUUGUAAAUAUCAUGGCAGGUUGUAAUAUAUACACAGAUGAUUGUUUCUGAAUAAGAAAAAAAUUGCUUUGUUUCUUUGAGUUUUCUUAAAAAAAAGACUAAAAAAUAAUCCUGCUUAUUGAAGAGAUAAAAAGGAAAGUGGAGGAACAUGGAAUGGACACUUUUUUUUCCCCUUUCUGUUUUUUCUUUAAGUGUACACUCAGAAGCACUUUCAAUAAAAUGUUUUAUU